AUGUGUGACCACAAGAAGCUCAAACUUGAAGGCAUCUCGCUUGGACCCGCAAAGCUCGAGCUCAAGUUCAAGGCCAACAUGAACCCCCGCUUCCUUCUUCUCUGCUACAAGCGCACCGAUCAAACCUACCAGCUGCAGAACGCCCCCGGUCUGCCCCUGGAAAAACACAGCGACCUCCGGCCACGCUUCGGCUCUAAGCUUAACGGCAAGCUCCUCGCCCAGUUGACGCAGGACAUGCAGACCAGUUGUUUCAAGCACUAG